UUUUUUUUUUCUUCUUCUUGUUCUUCAUACUGUUCGCGUAAUUUUUCUGGUGCAAAAUACGCGAGAAUGAUCGUCGGGAUUUUUUUUUCCUAUCUCGUGUGUGUUUUUGACAAAAUCGUGAAGAAGAUAUAAAAACCUCGUGGAGACAACACAACAACAUCAAUUGUGGAACCCAUCGUCUCUCUGCUCUUUUUCGUUCGAGACACAUAGUUCUUCUUUUGGAUCAAAGGUUCGCCUGGUAGUAACACGAUACUCGGUCAGUAUAAUGACAAAGAUAUUAAAAAUCUAGAUAAAAAGAAGACAUUUACAAUCUCUUAAAAAAAAAGAAAAAGAGAGAUCGGAGGGAGAAGAAAAUAGAACAGCAUCGUAAAAAGGAAGAAAAAUUUGGUAAAAAAUGAAGACGCGGGACACGCAAGUCUACCGAAGGAAGUGAGAGUCGUGUGGUGUGGGGGUGGUGGAUCCAGGUGGUAGGUGGCAGGUGGUGGUAGGUGUAUUUGCGGGAAUCGGGCUAAAGUGCCCGAUCAGUUGUGAUGGUCUCAGGGUGGUGCCCGUGCGUGCCGUUAGGGCGCCGGGAAUCACCGGCCCAACAACAACAACAACCUCCGCCAUCAUCAUCUUCGUCGAGAGGAUUCACCAACGACGGUGCACCCUUCACCGUCAGCGCCGCGACGGACCGUGCAGAAAUGGUCCAAAUGUUCUAUUACGAGAAUCGCGGCAAGUGUUGUAAGAAACUACUCAGAUACAACGGCUAUCCAAAUAAGGUCCUAUUGUUUCCAGAAGAAGGUUGGGCCAGGAGUGCGAGCAGUUCCUAUUGGACAUUGACACCGUUCUGGUGGAGUCGAAGUCGGUGCAAAGUCGUUGAAGUUGCUGGAACCAGAAGGUAUAGUACUCAGGCAAAAAUGGUGGAUACGGGAACGGGGACCCUUUAUAUCAUCGGCUCGUUCAAAAGAAUGACGACGGAUCCCGAUUUUAAGUUGUACCUGACGUCGAACGUGUCAUCGAGCGACUUUAACAUGGGGUACAGCAUGACGGGUACGUUGGAACGGGGCUGCAAGAAAACCAACUCCUUCCAGAUGACCCAUUUUGCAGUGAUCCGUCGACGGGACUACGAAAAGGCCUACGAGGAUCCAAAUCCCACCUAGUGUCCGUCCACACCCACACUAUCGGAGUGUGGGGAUUGCGAACACUACACGUAGGAGUUGUUUAAUCAACUAACAUCAAUGCUUACAGAAUGAACCCUAUAACGUUUACGUAAUAAUAAUAUUCCAACGAAAUGAGCUUUUUCAAUUUAAUAGUAAUUAUAAAGGAUCAUUUAAUUAUUAUGAAAAUGUGUUUCAAUCAAAACUUUAUUGCUACAUCAAUGGUAUUUAAUUAUUGAAACUACGUGAGAUUCAUUUUUCGAACGUUAUAUGGUUCAGCUUGCAUAAUUAUUACAUGUAAGUGUGUAUAGAUAUACAUAUAUAUGUGUAUAUAUAUAUAUAGGGUGUCCUUGGAAGUAAAAGAGUACAUGGGAAACAAAGAAUCCUCGAAAUUUCAUCGAAAACGUAUCUCAAAGAUUUUAAACUUGUUCUUCUCAUGACUCAAAUCAUUUUUCUUCCUUAUCAAAGUACGAGUACAAUUUUGAGGAUCAAUCUUUUAAAGAAUAAAAGAUGACAAAACCAAUGACACUCUAAGAGCAAAAGAAAGCCAAACGUCCAAUCGGUAGUCUUUAAUUUUUAGUAAAUCGAUGAAUUAGCUUCUAACGGCGACUAACGAUACCUAAGCGAAGUAUACAAAGCGACAGUGAUCGAGCAAACUUAUACCAAAGUAUUAGCAAGUAAGAAUUGUAAUCUUGCGAAACGAUAAUCGCAUUUAAAGGUUACCUAAACAAAAACAAAAGAAAAAAAAUAAGAAAAAAUUCUCAUUUUUCAAUCGGGAUACAUUGCUAGUCGUUCCGAGUCAAGCUCGAUAGAAACAAACAAACAAACAAAAUCGUUUCUUGCGAUCAAUCGGAUGAUCCAACAACGAAUAAUACGAAAUAUUACUACGAUUGGAAAUAAGUGAUAUGUAAGAUUAACAAAUUGCAAUAUAUAAAUAUAUAUAUAAAUAUAUAAUAUAUAAAUAGGCUUCAAUGCCAAAAAUUUGUGCCAAUGAAUCGAGCUACUACUACUAUUACUAUUAUUAUUACUACUACUGAGAACUGGCUGGCACUGUAUCCCCCACCCCCAUUGAUAAAAUCUUCAUGAUGCAAAACAGCCAAAAAAAAAAAAAUAUAUAUAUAUAUA